UUUGCGGAUGUUUCGGAGCGCAGGAAUAAUAAAAUUGUUUUCUUACAGAAGUAUAAAAUAAAAAAAAAAAACUAUUUCUUCAAAUUAAAAUCUCAAUACGAAACUCUGUGCAACAGUUAAGAGAGCAACGAGUGACAGAAAAAAUAUUUUAAAUUUGUGUGAUAUAAAUGUAAUACAUAGAUAUAAUUGCAAAUUUAUAUUAUAAUGAUUUACAAAUAUUAAUUUCUUCGAUCAUUGUGCAACAAAUUCAGUCGUUUCAGUGCGGAUCGUAUCUGAGAGCAUGAAAUAGUCACUGUAGGCCAGAACUGGAAAGUGCGGUGGAUACGGAAUCAAUUCGAAGCCCGAUUCAUGGAUUUUUGCCAUCGUUUUCACUGACUUGUAACGCGCUGUAUUAUCUUGGUGAAACAACACUUUUCUUUUCUUUAAAUGCGAUCGUUUUUCGUCAAAUUAGUCCUUCAAACGAUCCAGUACCGCGGAUGAUUGUCGCUUGGAUUUCUAUGUGAAAUGAUCAAGCCAUAUUUCAUGUAUUCUCCCAUAUCGACGCAAAAACUCAGGCCUGUUAUUGUUACACAAUUUAAAUAAUUACAAUGGCAGUAACGGGUGUGAUGAAGAUUUGGGGACUAGUUCUUUAACAACAAAUAAUCCGAUAAGCGCUGAAUCUUCAACAAAUUCAACAGCAAACUUCAUGCAACAAACCGCGGUAGAAUGGUUAAACGCAAUGAAUGAACCUCAAACAUCUGUCGAAGACAAUCAUAGUUCACAAGGAAGCUUAUCUGGUGAUGGUCACGGUGGUGUAAAUCAAUUGGGUGGCGUUUUUGUCAAUGGUCGUCCACUUCCCGAUGUAGUACGUCAACGCAUCGUUGAAUUAGCACAUAAUGGCGUCCGUCCAUGUGACAUAUCACGGCAAUUGCGAGUUAGUCAUGGAUGUGUAUCUAAAAUAUUGUCAAGGUAUUAUGAGACUGGAAGCUUUAAAGCCGGAGUUAUAGGGGGUUCCAAACCUAAAGUAGCCACUCCACCAGUUGUCGAUGCUAUUGCUAAUUAUAAACGUGAAAAUCCAACGAUGUUCGCUUGGGAAAUACGAGAUAGACUUUUAGCGGAAAGUAUAUGCUCGCAGGAUAAUGUACCCAGCGUGUCAUCAAUUAACAGAAUUGUUCGAAACAAGGCCGCAGAGAAAGCAAAGCAUGUCCACCACCAUCAACCACAACAACAUAACAGCGGCUGUUCGGCAGGUAACAGCGGCAACUCCAAUCACAAUGCAAUGGAUAGUGUGGAAAACAGUGGGAAUGAUUUGAGUCACCACCAGCAACAAAAUAGCUCUAAUAACUCAAAUAGUAACACGACAUCAGUUAUAGCACAUGCACCAGCCACCACUGUUGCCGCAGCGGUGACACAUUUACAACAGCACCAGCAACAAAAUAUUCUUAAUACAGUGGCAUCAACCCCAACUCUAAAUGCAAACCCCACUAAUAAUCACAACGGUGUAGAACACCGAUCAACAGGAUAUAGUAUAAAUGGGAUACUGGGUAUACACCACUCAACAGAUCCAAAUGGAAAUUGCAUCAAAAGAAAACGUGUCGACGAUCAUGAUGAAAGUGGAGAUAUUAAUAUGCCUUCAGAGGACGACAUAAAGAGGCAAAGAAUAGCGUAUAGUGGUGACCAAAUCUAUUCGAAUAUUUGGUCUGGGAAAUGGUGCAUCAAGGAUGAGCAUAAACUCCUGUCGGAAUUAGGUGGUUUGACUACAAAUAGUAAUACAGCCUAUUAUGACUCCCACAAUAACUUCCCUGCAACAGGAGCCGCCGGAAACGAUGCAAUGAUUUAUGACAGUAUUACAUCAAUAUCGCAAAAUUCGCUAUAUACACCGUCCCUAGGAGCAUCCAUUGGCAGUAGUUCGUUAACCCCUCUAGUGCCUAUAAAUAUGUCAGACAUGAAACUAAAUGCAAGUUCACUUGAAACAAACAUAUCGUCCUAUUACACAGCAAUAGCCAUAGAAAAUGGGCACUAUGGAACAAUAGCACAUGUAGAUAAUACAGUGGGCUCAAUGAACAGUGAAUCACCAUCAAUUGGUUCUCAUUCUAGUGGUAAUGUAGCAUUACCAUCUGGAAUACUACCUAAUGCAAUUUUAACUGGAAAUACUGAUAUUAACAAUGACGAUGGAGCACAAGAUGAUUGUGUAAUACCUUCAACAGAAAAAAGAUCGGCCAUAACCACAUCAUUAUUAAACAGAGGUGAAAGUGCCAAAAAUGGGGUUCCCAACAUUAUCAUGACAGAAGUAUCCACAAUGGCUGUAUCGUCUAAUACUCUACAACAAAGGCGUUUAGUAAAUGUACUUGAAAAUCACAAUAGAAAUGAUAUAAGUGGUAAUGUUACUAGGUCUCCUGAUACGCAUUCAAAUACGAAUGAACAAGGUUGUGAACAUCAUCACCAGCACAUUCAACAGCAGGUUCUACAAUCCAGUGUAAUAAAUUCACCUCUUAUACUUCUUCAGCCAAGUGCCCAACUAAGAGAUACCUCAGGCGGUGAUUCCAUAAAUAAUAAUCCUGCAGAAUAUUCCACGAUUUUACCAAGUUUUAACCAUUAUUCGGCAGCAGCUUGCGGGUCCGUUGUGCCUACCACAGAGUACACCUAUAAUCCGGCAUAUUCUCAGUAUGGAUCAGCGUAUGGAUCUUAUGGAUAUACAGCAGGCACUGGUCUAUUAAAUUCUUCUUACUACUAUGAUGGGAGUCAAAGUCAAACAUCAGGCGCAUUAAAUCAGGAUAUGCGAUCACCUUUGGCAGCCACCCGCGCCAACUCUUUGGCGUCUGCUGCAUCACCGACUGGAAGUGCCUGCACGAAAUCGGAAACAUCAGACAUAUUUUUGGUAUAGUAGUUUAAAAAUACAAGCAAAAUACCACACAUAUAAUCGAAACUAAGAGUUGUUGCAAUAAUACCAAUAUUUAACUUAUAUUUAAGAUUAUAGCAAGCACUUUCGAAAUACAACCAAAAAUUUAACUUUA